AUGUCCAUAGUCUAUAUUAAUAUAUUCCUGGCUUUCAUCAUAUCACUUAUAGGACUAUUGAUGUACCGAUCCCACUUAAUAUCCUCUCUCCUAUGUCUGGAAGGCAUAAUGCUAUCCCUAUUUAUCAUAAUAACCGUAGCAAUCCUAAAUAACCAUUUCACACUAGCUAGCAUGACUCCUAUCAUCCUGCUAGUAUUUGCAGCCUGCGAGGCGGCACUGGGCUUAUCCUUACUAGUAAUGGUAUCAAACACAUAUGGUACUGAUUAUGUACAAAACCUAAACCUCCUGCAAUGCUAA